AGAAAGGGAAAGAGAGAAAGGAAAGUGCUCUUUCUGGUGCCAUUUAUCUUUGCUGACUUGGUGGCGAGGAAGAGAUGAGCCACAAACUCUGAGCAUAGUUUCCUGUCUGCUGUAGGAGGGCCAUUAUUCUCAGUCACCUGGGUGACAAAAACUCUCGGUCUGACUUUGAGUCCCUCAGAACACCAGAGGAAACCACUGCUCUGAGCACGGUGAACAUUUUUCUGAGCUGCCUGUAGCGUACUACUUUAAGAGCCGAACUGUGGACUACCUGAAAGACUCAAGCCUCGCUCAAGAAACUCAACAUUGCAGGAAUAAAUUCACAAUGUGCCUAGACCUGUAGACAAAGACCUCCAGAGUGCAAUGGGUGGCGGGCCCAGCAAAGACCACCAGGAGCCCAGCACACAGGUCACCCUGCUGGGCCAAGAGGGGGACCCUGAGCCGGUCACGCUGGACUCGGGGCGCUUCGUGGCGGUGGCUCUGUAUGACUAUCCCUCCGGGGGUCCGGCCGAGGUCUGCAUUCGGGUCGGGGAGAGGCUCACCGUGCUCUCAGAUGAGGGUGAGUGGUGGAAGGUGAAAUCUUCAGUGUCGGGGAAGGAGAGCUACAUCCCCAGCAACUACACCGCCAAAGUUUACAACAGAUGGCAGUAUACAGGCCUGAGCAGAGACAAAGCAGAGGAGCUCCUCCAGUUGCCGUAUAACCAGGCAGGAUCCUUCCUCAUCAGAGAGAGUCAGUCGGAGGAGGGUGCCCACUCUCUGUCGGUGCGCAGGGCCUCUGGUCCAGACUACAGGGCCGUGAAACACUACCGCAUCCACCUGAUGGAGAACGGCUGGCACUACAUCUCCCCACGCCUCACCUUCCCCACCCUCGCCGCGCUGGUCGACCACUACUCAGAAGUGAGUGAUGGGCUGUGCAGCCUGCUGAGGGACCCGUGCUACAUCCAGGGCUCCAACAAUGUUCCUGUGGUAACAGGCCCCCCACCCCAGGCCGUCAGGAAGCCCACACUCAACUGGAAGGAUGUCAACAGCUCCAUGAUCUUCGGCAAAGGCAAGGGUGACCUGGAGGAGUCGCCAGUCAGCGAGGGUCUGCGGGAGGCCAUCAACUCCUACCUCUACAUGACUGAGGAGCUGGGGGAGUGUGACCAGGCCUGGGACACCUGAGGGGAAUGGAGAGAAGAUGUCACAUCGUGGUGGUGUGACCAUGAUGUGUGGCGUCAUCGUGGAGUGACCACGGUUGGCCAAGAGUGUGACCAAGCCUGGGACACCUGUGGGACGGGAAUGGAGAGAAGAUGUCACAUCGUGGUGUGGUGUGACCAUGAUGUGUGGCAUGCAUCGUGGAGUGACCACGGUUGGCCAACAUGGCACGGUUCCUCCCAUUUCCCUCCUCCAGCAGCUACGUGAAAUGAAAGCAUCUGAUUGGUCAGGGUGGAGGAGACGGAGAUAUGGGUACCUGCAACUGUGGACAAUGUCACAUUGCGAAGUGAUCACCAUCACGUGACGUGGGUAGCCAGGCCAGGACUGUCGACUGCACCCCGCUCUACAUUUCAUGUACCUCCAGCAGUUGGUUUAGUAAUAAGGGUGAGGGGCACCUGAAACUGCCAUCUCUCUCUCUGUGACCAAGGAAUUCUGGACAGUGUCACACCGUGGACUGACCAUGUAAUGCUGACUGACAUGUGGUAGCCAGGAUAGCGCCACCUAGUGCCUCCGCUCAAUCCUAUUUCCCACUGCCGGCUACAUAUCGUAUUGUGAAAGUGGCUGGAGUGUCAGGGUUAAUGUCGGCGCCAAGGGGUUGCUUGCGGGUGCCUGAACCUAUAGCAUCUGUGACUGUAACAAAAAAAAACCCUCUGGACAGGGUCAUAUCACGGAGUGACCACGAUGACCAACACAAAGUGAAAGUGUCUGUUGUAGUAUCAUGGCACAACAUGGGACAGUUGGGAUGGCGGGAACAGGCACGUGUGGCUUCCCUCUUUGGAUCUUUGACCAAAGAACGCUAUGCAUGUCCGUAACUACCAUUGAGGACACAGAGGUCAUGUCCUCUGUAUUUAUUUUCUGUAAUGUAAAAUUUAUCGAUGAUGAAAAUCGAUUUAUUAUCAACAAUGAUAAAUUCAGUCUGUAUACGCCAUCCCCAUUUAUCCUCAAGGCAGAGAUUAAU